CGAUCGGAACGCCGUACCAGUGACGCGAAGGUCGCAGAGAGCAGCCGAGCAGGAUGUGGCAAGCUGUACCACGGCACUUCAAUACAUAUCGCCAUCACGCCAAGCAAGGUGAGCUUUCAAAGCAAUUGCUGAAUUCUUCAUCAUAUGGAGUUGUUGCGGCUUUCUCUGUUUUAAAAACGAUCAGCUACUUGCUAAUGUUAUUUGCAGUACUAAUCAGCAGUCAAUGGUCCGUGGUUGCUGCCGGGGUCCCUUGCGGUGCUAAUCAGCCACCCGGACGAGCCAGAGGACAGCGUCUCGCAAGGCUGCGGGGGCAUCAAAGGAGGAAGGUGCAGCAAGACGAACCGAAAGCUGUUGUCGCAGAUCUGAAAUGUGACCAAAGGAGAAGGUGCAGCAAGAGAAACCAAAAGGUUAGAGGAUUUCACUUCCCUGAUUGCUCCAGUGAAGAAGGAAGUUGCCAAGUUUUCGAAGGAGACAACCAAGAGGAUGAACCAGAGGAGGAUGAGGAAGUUCAUUCUUCUGAUGCAACCAUAGGGUCUGCUGCUAUUUUGGUUAAGAGCUGCAAUGAUCCUAACAUGGACCAAGUGGUGGUGCUUGUUAUGGAGGAACAGUCCACAAAGAUACAACUUUUGCAUAAUAGAAGGCCUGAAAAGAAUUGAGGGCCUUGUCUUUGCAUAACAGAAAGCCUAGAAAGAGUUGAGGACCUUGUGGUGUGGAGGAGGGUGUAUAGAUUUGAUGCCUAACCAUCCCUCCACAGCAAGGCCUCCGUUGCGGCGUUCUUUUUUUUGUUUGCCCUAUAUUGAACUUUGGAAAAUUAUAUAUUUUCUUGUCCUACUCUAUGUGAAACAAAUGUGUGCAAUAACCUGUAGUAUUGCCGUGGUUGUUGUUGAAUUAGA